UUUCGUGUGACCAGUUGUCCUGGUGGGUCACAAUGCUCGGAUCUUUUUGACGCCGGAAAAUUAUUCCUUGUUUGACAGAACCUUCUACCCCAGAGCCAGUGAACUUUAGGCCCAAAGCCAAAGCCUUCUUCCCUAAAGCCAGAACCUUCUAACUCACAGUUGGAGUCUUCAUUCCCAAAGCCAGGGUCUAUAUCCCCAAAGCUGGAACCUUCUUCAUCCCAUGCCUGUCGUAUUCAACCUGAAAUCUAAAACGGUCUUCCCUAAAAACAGAAACUACUGCCCCACAAGCAGAGUCUUCUUCCCCAAAGCCAAAGUCUUUACCCGAAAGCCAGAACCUCCAACCUCUUCUUCCUCCUCCUUAUCCAGAGCUGUCUCUUUUCAAGUCUUUUUUUUUCUCCUGAAGCAAGAGCUUUUUUGAUCCAAACCCAGAUUUUUCAUCCCUAAAGCCGAAUGCCUCUGGAAUCCCUUCAAGAAAUGGAUCAGCACAAGUACGGCGCUCAGGAGAAGCUGGAAAUCGUAGGGUUGGAGGACGAGGAGGGUAAGCCCAUCAGCGCCCUGAGCAUCCUGUCUCUACUGGAGCGCGUGGCCGGAAUCAUCGACAACGUGCAGUCGGGCCAGCAGCGAAUGGAAGAGCGUCAGCUGGACCUGGAGAACAACAUCCACAGCAUCCAGGGUGACGUCCUGAAAUUGGCCAAGGAGCACGCCGAGACGAGCGGCUGCUUGGACAAACUGCUGCAGAAGACGCGAAAAGUCAGUGCCAACGUCAAGGAUGUCCGAGCCCGUGUGGAGAAGCAGAACGGUCGCGUCAAGAAGGUCGAGAGCACCCAGGACGAGCUGCUCACCAGGAACAAGUUCAGAGUGGUCAUCUACCAGGGCGAGACUGAGGUCCCGUCGGUGGCCGUCACCAAGAGCCCCAAGGGGGGGCUGGAGGCUCUGGAGCUAGAGCCCGAUUCUUACGACGUCCCCGCUGAUCUCUCCUCGGAUGAGGAGUACCUGAGCAUGGAGGAAGCGGAUCCUUCCCGCGCGACACGAUUCAAGAAGUCCAUGGUGAAAAGCACAGAGACCCUGAAGGCGGCCUUCUCGAAGGAAAACAUGAGCAAGACUAAAGACAACAUAGGCACCAAGUUCCACAACCUUGGCGAGAAGGUGAUGCCACCCGAGCGCCGCGAGAAGAUGCACCAGGCAGGCGAGCGCAUCAAGCAAAGCGGCGAGCGCUUCAAGGAGAAUAUCGCAAAGAAGGCACCCACAAAGGAGAGCUUCAAGAUCAAGAUCAAGAAGGAAAGAGCCGUGGCCGAGGGCCAAGAGGGUGCAGAUGCUGACGUAGCGGCAGAGGCCGAGGUCGCCGCUGUCUCCCAGCCCCAACCCGAGCCUGCCUCCACCAAAGUUGUAGCGGAGACCAAGAGAGAGGGGCUGGUCGAGCAGGCCAAUGCCCCCGGGAGAGCAGAGCAAGAAGAAGAUUACGGGAAUUAGAUACCCGUGACAGAAAGAUUACGGGAAAUAGACCACCAUAAUGGGAAGAUGACGGGAAGUAGAGCACGUUUACGGGUAAAUAACAUGAAGCAGACCACCAUGAAAGGCAACAGACCACCAUUAUGGGAAGAUGAAAGGAACUGGACCCCAACUGCAGGACGUAGACCACCAUUCAUGGGACAACUACAGGAAGCAGACCACCAUUACCAGAAAAAAAACAUCCAUAAAACAGAUAACAUUUACAGAACGUGGACUCCCAUUACAGGAUGUAGACCAGCAUUGCAGGAACAUUAAAAGACGUAGAGCCCCAUUACAGGAACUAGACCACCACAACCCGAAUUGAAGCCCAAUUACAGAGAUGAUAUAAAUCUGAUCAUAUUCACAUAAAGUGGACUCUAUUUACAGGUUCUAGACCACAGUAAAGUAAAAUUACUACUACUACUUAACUACUUAACACCCUGUUCACACAAGUAGAGCAGAAUUGUGGAAACAUUAGCAGAACUGGACAUCCUUUUUAUGAUAUAGAUCACCGUUUCGGGAACAUUACCGGAAAUAGACUCCCAAUACAGGAAAUAAACCAUCAUAAUAUAAUAUAAUACAAUAGAUGAGGAAUAUAACAGGAAGUAAACCACAUUUUCAGGAACCAGACGGCGGAAGAAGAGAGCAGCUUUGUGAUUGAUCCAGGACAGUGAUUGCAUUUUGUUUUUUUAUUAAGUGGCGACACCUGCUGGCCCCUUAACACAAUUCAUGUUUUACUACUUGGACGCACAUUUACACACGCUACCAUGCCAAAGUGGAAAUUUUUAUUUGAAUCACACAGAACAAUAAGAACGAUGGCAUUUGGUGGAUUACGCGAUUAACAUAUUUAAAAUGCAACUAAACAUUAUUAAAACGUCACUCUUGGUGAUCUGUGCACAUUCUAACCUAUUUAAAUGCAACGUUAGGUGAUCUUUGAAUAUUAUAACAUAAAAUGUCUGUUCUGGUUAUCAUUACAUGGAGGGAAAUUGACAAAAGGGGCUUGGCAUCAUAAUUGACAGGUUUUGUGCAUGUAAUUGAUGACACCUGUAAUGGUGACGUCAAAUGAGAGAGAGAGUGUAUGUGUGUGUGUGUGCGUGUGUGUGUGUAAUAAAUUUGACUUGGUCCAACGUGGUAACGAGUGAAUUCUAAAGUCAGUGCUAGUUCUCCCUCUAGUGGCCUUCCAUGGCGAUGCACUCAACCACAUGUUUGCUGAGCCUUUUGGGAUAAAGUGAUGGAAUUUGAACAUCUUUUUUCCUCCUCGUUUUCAUGAACCUGAAAUAAUCUGCGGCAUGGAGAUACGAUUUUAAAAUAUGAGAUUAGAUUAUAUCAGACUAAAUAAAAGUGGAUUCAAAUGUAUUCAUCCGAGAUGGACAUCACACAAACAUUUGGCAAGCCUGAUGCAGAAAGUGUUUUAUAAUGAAUAAAGCCCUUAGUAAAAUUA